GCACAUCUGAAGCUUCACAUUCAUGGAUUGGCUCCUAAUCCUUGUUGCCCCACAGCCAUAGCCACCAUCACCAUCACUCUCUCUCUCUCCCUCUAUUCCUCUGUGUUUACAUUUCUUACGCAUUGGGAAAAAAUCAAGCACAGAAAGCGGACGCUAACUUCGUCUUCCCAAACUGUAUCUUCAUUCUGAAUCUCAAUUACCAGAACUCGAACUGAAUUGAAAUGGCUUCAACUGUCGUUCACAGUUCAAUUAACCCAUCAACACCAUUUCUUUCAAGAGCCCACUUCCCAUUUCAAAUUUCCAAACACUUCUCACCAGAGUUCUUCCCUUCUAUGCACUACAAGAACUACUUCAGAGGCAAAGAAAGUUGGCCAAUGAAGAAGAAAUUUAAGGUGAAAGCCACGGUAACUGAAGCACCACCGUCUUCGCCAUCUACACAAAGCGAUGGUGACGGAACUGAUGGGUCUUCUUCUCCGCCGUCAAAGAAUUUAAAGAUACUUGUGGCGGGUGGUGGGAUUGGAGGGUUGGUUUUCGCGUUGGCGGCGAAGAGGAAGGGGUUUGAGGUGGUGGUGUUUGAGAAGGACUUGAGUGCAGUUAGAGGUGAGGGACAGUACAGAGGCCCAAUUCAGGUUCAGAGUAACGCACUGGCUGCUUUGGAGGCUAUUGAUAUGGACGUUGCCGAUGAGAUUAUGAAGGCUGGCUGUAUUACUGGUGAUCGGAUUAAUGGGUUGGUUGAUGGUAUUUCCGGCAAUUGGUACAUCAAGUUUGAUACAUUCACUCCUGCAGUUGAACGGGGGCUUCCAGUCACAAGAGUUAUAAGCCGCAUGACUUUGCAACAAAUCCUGGCUCAUGCUGUUGGAGAGGAUAUUAUUAUGAAUGAAAGCAACGUAGUGAACUUUGAGGAUGAUGGUGAAAAUGUUACUGUGAUUCUUGAGAAUGGACAGCGUUAUAAGGGUGACAUUCUUAUUGGUGCUGAUGGAAUAUGGUCAAAGGUAAGGAAAAAUUUGUUUGGAGAGCGGGAAGCCACAUACUCAGGCUAUACUUGUUACACUGGUAUUGCAGAUUUUGUGCCUGCUGAUAUUGAUUCUGUUGGGUACCGUGUAUUCUUAGGACACAAACAAUACUUUGUUUCAUCAGAUGUGGGAUCAGGAAAGAUGCAGUGGUAUGCAUUUCACAAUGAAGCACCUGGUGGUGUAGAUGGUCCCAGUGGUAAAAAAGAGAAGUUGCUAAAAAUUUUUGAGGGUUGGUGCGAUAAUGUGAUAGAUCUGUUAGUUGCCACGGAUGAAGAUGCAAUUCUGCGACGUGACAUAUAUGACCGCGAACCAUCCUUCAAUUGGGGCAAGGGUCGUGUAACCUUGCUUGGGGACUCAAUCCACGCUAUGCAGCCAAAUUUGGGUCAGGGAGGAUGUAUGGCCAUCGAGGAUGGCUAUCAACUAGCGCUCGAGCUUGACAAAUCUUGGAAGCAAAGCAUUAAAACAGGAAAACCUAUUGAUAUUGUGUCUUCUCUGAAGAGCUAUGAGAGAGCUAGGAGAAUACGAGUUGCAAUUAUCCAUGGACUGGCAAGAAUGGCUGCAAUUAUGGCUUCAACUUAUAAGGCAUAUCUAGGUGUAGGACUUGGUCCACUGUCAUUUUUGAUGAAGUUUAGGAUACCUCAUCCAGGAAGAGUUGGUGGGAGAGUUUUUAUUGAUAUUGGAAUGCCUUUAAUGCUAAGCUGGGUCCUAGGUGGCAAUGGCUCAAAGCUUGAGGGGAGAUCGCUGUCUUGCAGACUCUCUGAUAAAGCAAAUGAUCAAUUACAAAGAUGGUUCAAAGAUGAUGAUGCUCUGGAGCGCGCUCUUAAUGCAGAGUGGUUUCUAUCUCCAUUUGGAAAUGUGGAUUCUGGUUUAGAACCUAUUUUCUUGAGUAGGGAUGAGAAAAAAUCCUGCAUAAUUGGGAGUACGUCACAUACAGAUUUUCCUGGAGUAUCAAUUGUCAUACCAGCAGCCCAGGUUUCUGAAAUGCAUGCUAAAAUAAGUUACAAGGAUGGUGCAUUUUUCCUUACUGAUUUGCGGAGUGAACAUGGUACCUGGAUCACCGAUAAUGAAGAGAGGCGUUAUCGGGUGCCUCCUAAUUUUCCUUCUCGUGUCCGUCCAUCAGAUGUUAUCGAGUUUGGUUCUGAUAAAAAGGCUGUGUUUCGGGUAAAGGCGACGAAGUUCCCACCAAAAAUUGCAACCAAGAAAGAAGAGGGUCAAUUGCUCCAGCCAGUGUGAGAAUCCUCCACUAGGUUCUCCUUUGAUUAUGCUACACAGAAAUUGUACAGCAUUUAUCUGGGGGCAGAGGAGCCUUGUAAAGCUCCCCCAUUGCCCGCAUUGUGUAGGAUUUCAGGAUCAAAUUACAACAUCACACCAUAGCUUAGAACCCCAGCAAUCUGUUACAGCUGGGAACAAAGGAGUGUGAUAACUUCUCUUUUCGACAAACGGUGAAAUAUCUAUUAUAACUGUAAAGAAAGAGAUGCCCAUAUUUGUUCUUAUUCAUUUUUUCCAUUACCUUUAUUAAUUUUCAGUUUCUAAACUCAUCAUAGGUUCAUCCUCGAAUGGCACCCUUGCUUCUGCCAUAAAGAACAUGUACCUGAUCUGACAAAUCUACCCAAGUGUAUAUUUAUUUU